AUUCGGAACACGAAAAAGUGAGGUUAGGUUAAUUAGAGAUAAACAAAAUUGGGGGUUUUCAAGUGUUUUCUGGAAGAAAAUCUGUGAAAAGUGCAAUGGGAUUACUCACAGAUCCUUCGGGACUGUCCCAAAAGGCCAAGUACACCAAAUUGCUGAAGAGACACUGCAAAUUACUCUGCAAUUUGCUCUUUGUUGCCGGAGUUGCCUGGUUUGCCGCCCUCUCGGACAGUAAUUUCAAUCACGGAACAUAUUUCUCUGAGAAUGCCCUGCUUCCUGGGCUCGUGUAUUCGUCCAUCAAGAAGGACACGAGCAAUUUCGCCGUGAAUCUUCAGGAGGAAUUGUCCAGGGAGAGGGAAAGUCAUCAGAAUACCAUUCCAACAGCUUGGCUUCUGGCCAAAAUGAAGCAGAUUGGACUAGAUGCUUCUUCUCACAAUUUCACCCUCAAUUAUCCCUUUGGCGGAGGCAAAGUUUUCACUGGAAACAAUGUCUAUGGGAUUCUCCGGGCUUCUAGGAUCGGAUCAACUGAAUCCAUUGUCAUAUCCUGCCCCUAUCGAACGUCAGUUUCCGUUCACCCUCAAGUGUCUCACUCUGUCCCUCUGAUGCUGGCUUUUGCAGAUUAUGCACGAAAGCAAAAGUACUGGGCUAAGGACAUUAUCUUCCUGAUCACGGAUCAGGAACAGCUCGGGAUGCAGGCAUGGCUGAAUGCUUAUUACGGGAAUAAUGAGAAUUCAGCCCUCAUCAGUAGUGAUUUGCAUUUGAGGGCAGGAGCAAUCCAGGCUGCCCUCAAUCUUGAGAUCCAGAGCUUCGAUUUGGAUUUCAUCAAUAUUAAAUUGGAGGGACUCAAUGGACAGCUGCCCAAUUUGGAUUUAUUCAAUUUGGUGCAGAAGUUGACAAAUAAAGAGGGCAUAGCCUGUGGAUACAAGCAGACCAAGGGGAAGCGUCCUAAGGCCAGCCACAUGAAUAAUAUAUGGCAAAUGCUCACGAUGGUGUUGAGUCAAUCGACGGGCGUUCCCACCGGCAAUCACGGUCUCUUCCACAGAUUUGGCAUUGAGGCUGUGACACUUGAAGGGGUCACGAGGUCAGAUGCAAAGUCUUCUCAGUCCCUCUUGCCUAUGUUGCGCAUCCUCGAGGGCAUCUCACGGAGUCUCAAUAAUCUCCUUGAACGAUUCCAUCAGAGUUUCUUCUUCUACUUAAUUGUGGCCAAUGACAGAUUUGUCUCAAUUGGCGACUACAUGCCUUGCAUUGCCCUGAUGGCGGGAUCCCUUCUCAUCAAAUCCUUCAUCAUGUGGCUCUCCCUCCAUCAGACGGACGCCGAGGCCACAGAAGAGGGAGACAAGGUCAAGGAAGAGAAUGCAGAGAGUCCAAAUCUCAUGAGGAUUGGACUCUUGGUCAUUUUCGCUCACGCAACUGGAUUUCUCAUCAACUACCUUCCGUUCUACAACAACGUCAAUGAGUUCUUCUACCGCCAGGCGCUCUCCACGGAAGUGACUGUGGCUACUCUACUGAUCACUGUGUCAGUUCUUGCACUCUUUUCCUCCUUCUUCUUCCGAUUCAACAAAGAGGAUGUCAAGAUACUUCACAUUUGGAUCCUUUUGGAGUUGGCAACUGCCCUUAUAGUCGUUGGAAUGCUGAAUUUCUCAUUGGCACUCAUUUUGGCUUUUGUUACCGUCCCAAUAUUGAUAAAUGUUGAAGUAUCUCACAAUGGAAUUAUCAAAUUUGCCCAGCAAUUGUGUGGAAUCCUGCUGCAACCACUCAUUGUGGCAUAUUUGGUGGUAUUCGCACUGACUUGGAUCACAUUUGAUGAACUAUCAUUGAUGAGUGUCUGCUCCAAAGCAUUGUCCGCGACAAUGAAUGCUCUCGUAUAUUCUGCUGUGGAUUCUGUGAUUUACGGAAAUUGGAUGUUCAAUAUGAUUAGCCUGGUUUUCUUUCCCAUUUGGAUCCUCCUGUGGAACUUCCUGGCAUGGAGAUUCAGUGAACGUGAGAUUGAUGGGAAAUGCAAAGAAUUUUAAGGUGAAUAACGGAGUUUCAAAAAGCACUUUAUGUCCUGAAAAUAAAGAGAAGAAAACCCUUGGA